AUCAGAGUGCAGGUAGUUGUAUCGGAAACAGGAAGUGUUCAUAAUACGGGUAGACGGAGACAGGAUUCUAAGCCUGUAUAAGACAUUAGUGCUUUUGUGUUGUGUUUAGUUGUAUAAUUCGAUUUUUAGCCGAAAUGUCGACGCCUCUGGAAAAGCCGCAGAUCAUCGCGCACAUUCAGAAAAGCUUGAACUACACGGUGUUUGAUUGUAAGUGGAUUCCAUGCAGCGCCAAGUUCGUGUGCAUGGGGAACUUCGCCAGAGGAACCGGAGUCCUGCAGAUAUACGAGGUUCAGCAUGGAGACGUGCAACUUGUCAAAGAGAUCGAAAAGCCGAAGCCAAUCAAAUGUGGAACAUUUGGUGCGACGUCUUUACAGCAGAGGCAUUUGGCCAUGGGUGAUUUUGACGGCAACCUUCACGUGUGGAACCUCGAGGCGUCUGAUGAUCCCGUGUACUCAGUGAAGGGCCACAAGGAAAUAAUUAACUGCAUCGAUGGAGUUGGAGGGUUGGGCAUCGGAGACGGGGCGCCGGAAAUAGUCACCGGGAGCCGGGAUGGUACAGUUAAGGUGUGGGAUCCGAGGCAAAAGGACACACCUGUGGCCAACAUGGAACCCACAGAAGGGGAGACCAAAAGAGAUUGUUGGACUGUUGCGUUCGGUCACGCCUUUAACGAUCAGGACCGCUGUGUGUGCGCUGGUUACGACAACGGUGAUAUUAAGCUGUUUGACCUCCGGAAUAUGUCUCUGCGAUGGGAGAAAAAUAUAAAAAACGGUGUGUGCAGUGUCGAAUUUGACAGAAAAGACAUCAGCAUGAAUAAACUAGUGGCAACCUCUUUAGAAGGCAAAUUUCACGUCUUCGACAUGAGGACCCAGCAUCCGAGCAAAGGUUUUGCAUCGGUUUCAGAAAAGGCCCACAAGUCUACAAUAUGGCAAGUGAGGCAUUUGCCCCAAAAUCGGGACGUCUUCAUGACAGCAGGCGGAGCCGGGAACCUGCAUUUAUGGAAAUAUGAGUAUCCAGAGAAGAGGAGUGAAAUAGACGCAGAGGGAGUAGAAAGAGGAGUGGCUGGGACACUCAAUCUCCUGCAGAACGUCACUCUGUCCACACAACCCAUCGCCAGCCUGGACUGGAGUCCCGACAAGCAGGGCCUGUGCGUGUGCUCGUCCUUCGACCAGUCCGUCCGAGUCCUCAUCGUCACCAAGCUGAACAGAGUAUAAACUCGCAUACAAACCAAACGUGAUUCAUGCAAACAAACACGACUCUUUUCAUUUAUACACUCGCAAGUCGUGGAGUUUUAGAAAAGCAACGUCCAGGCCUGGAAAAAUAAAUAAAUCCACAAAGAUUUGGAAAAAGUCAUGGACAUUUGUUUGAGCUCACGUGACGUUCUCAGCAUGGGGUAACAGCAACUCGCAGUUGCACCUAGUAUUUAUGUUGUAAACUCACACCUCCAGGAAAAUGACGAUUUAUUAAUGUUUGGCUUCAUGAUGAAAAGUUGAAGGGGUGAUGAGAAAAAUCAAGACCCAGGACAUGUGAAUUUUACACUGUGUGAUAUUUUGAACAUGGGAGAGGCAGCGCUAUGUAGCCAUGCGGAAGGUGACGUCUGCUGCUGCCAGAUACAGGACUUAAACCAGAGCUACUGACAUGUAGAGCAUUCAGCACUACCAGUGAACCACCAUGCAGCUGUCGCUCUGCUUAAUUUAAAUAUAUUUUGUUCAGGUGUCCUCAUGGUUAUGGAUGCAGUUGUGAUGUGAAGUCAAAGAUAAACCCCUUUAAAAAAAAAAUAAAUAAAUAAAAAGCAGCAGCAGGUUGCCAGAGUCACAAAAACUAAACCAAACUGCUCAUCUGUACAAUAGUAUGCUUUAUUAUUAAUAAUGUGUUCACUAAGUUCGGUCUUUAAAAAAUGGUGUCUUAUCGUAUUAAGCCACAUUAAGCGUUUUUUCACGUUUAAGCGUUUUUGGAACGCACACAAGCACGCGCUCUCAGCUACAUCGUGCUGACAUGUUCUGUUAACUUCAAACACACAGUUUAAUAAAAUCUAACUUUGUACAGGUUGCCAAAACACAAAUAUGGCCCACGUGCCCUGGUCAUGGUUGCUGUCGCAUUAGGGUGACUGAGCCACACCCAGCAGGCACCACGUCUCAUUACUGUUUGGUGUGUGAUCAUGACCUCCAACUCCCACACCUGCACAGAUCAGAAACAGGAACUGAUGCACUGUCGUAGUUUUUUUGUUUUCGUUCAAUGAUUAUAUUCUUGUAAUCGUGUUUGUACAAAUAAUGGAUGAGAUCAUAGCUGAGUAUCUUGUUAUCAGACGUAGCACGCUGAGUAAUCGUUAUGAAGGAAUUCUUCAUGUAUUUACACCCGUUGCAGGUACUUGCUCUGACUUGUAUAAAAUAAGCAGAAUUCCCGGGCAGUAUUGAAGGUGAUUUUUUUAAAACCCUGUAAAAUCCUUGUGUUCCUCUCGCUCCCAAGCUUGUGUGUUUGAACAUGACGGCUUCCAGACUUGAGACAAAACUCGUAAAACUGGACGUAAGUGAAUAUUCAGUGUCAGGUUUCUAUUAAAAUACCUCU